AUGUUUGUCACUGACGCCUGCUUAGCAUCUGAUCUUGUGUUCCCGAAUGUCGGGAUCACAACUACAAUCAGGCCGUCUAAGAAUACAACAAGACACAACAGAAGACUGGAACGUGAAAGAGCCGAAGCCUCGUCUUUUUUCCCGAUACAGCUGAAUGAGCCCACAACUAAUAUCGUAUCGAAUGAAAAGACCUCAGUAGUGGAUGCCCAAGCAGACCUGUUUCCAAAACCGGGAAUGUCCGGGAUAUUCCCAUUUGAUCACGAAAAGGAGAAAAUGGUUCACAGACACAUCCAAGAACAGAGCCACCCCAUUGAACUCGAAGACAUCAAUUACGCCCAGCCUCUUGAGGAACCAGCGACUCAAAAGACUGGAGCUUCAAGAUCGUUAAUGAGUCUACACAGGGUGAGGUCGAGUAGUCUCAGCACAACGGAGCAUACUGCUGCAUCAUAUGGAGACGAAAUGUUUGAUAUGUACAGGGAGACGCUCUUCGCCACGGGUGUGUUUCGUAACACUGGCAUUGACAUCAUUGCAGACGGCAUGGUGUGCUCUGCGGAGUCUCAUCCAGAUGAAACUGAUGUAUAUGCACGUCGACUCGAAGGUCUGAGGAGUGAAGGAGCCCGGCCCACUUCCUGUUCACGAACGACUCUAGCGACCGGUGAAGCACCAUUACAAUCUACCAAUGUUCAUGUCUCUGGAGUCGCCUGCAGCCCAUUUCCAGGUCCGUCUCCGUCUGCCGAGCAGAGUCGGACACAGGAUAUGAUCACGACGCAACACACCGAGACAAAGCCUCCCAUGCACUACGUUACUCAUCAUAUCAAUCAACAAGACUGUGUCAAGCUGGGUGAUGCGGGCCGGAGCUCAGAUAAAUCCUGUGUAAAUCCUGUUGAACGAUCGAAAGAGUUGUGCGCACAUCUGAGCCUUCAGCAAGCUUCACCCGCUGGAGAUCAGCACGAACAACAAGACGGAGAUAGGGGGAAGGAGGCGAUACAUGAGCUGGAUUUAGACUGCCAGUACAGAGACACAGGGGAAUCACUCUAUGGGACCGUAGAUCCAUCUCAACAGACACCCCCCUUAUUGAGUAGCUGCUCGGGAGGGCAUCCUCACUCACAGCACCAUCGCCACUCUCCAAGCCCCAGACCAUGUUGCGAUGGCCACCAUGCAAUAGCACAAAGCCAGGAGGCAGCAAGUGAUGUCGUACCAUUGCCCCAGAUCCCGAGCUCCGGGUUGACUCAUAUGGCAUGUUUGCCAUCCUUGCCACGUCAUUGUCAGCGCGACACAAUCGAUACUCUUUCACGAGAAAUUUGUGAUGACACACAGCUGCAGCAGUACAACGCAGGUCGACCCGCGUAUGGAAGCGACGAGAACCGGAGGAGCGCGCCCAAUAGCUUGCAUUACCAUAUUCACAGCCACUCACCCGAGGACGGCGUCAACGCUAUGCAAGACGAAGACAUCAUGGGUCACUCAGAUUUGCGCGCCGUCUUCGACGAGUCGGCCUAUAACAAUGCAGCAGAGGGCUGGUUCUCGAAUGACAGAAUGGAGUAUCAGGAUAUGCUUGAUUUUUGGAGACCAAAUAGCUUUAGGACCAUGUGA